CUUGGAGGUCUUUACUCUUUACUUGCUUUUAUUGUUGAAGUAAAAAAGCAAAGGCCUCCAAAAAGCUUCCCCAGAAUCUAAGAACCCUAAAUUGAAGCCGACUGUGUAGAGAAGGAGAACUAGCUGAAGAGUUUGAGCUUUAAUUUAUCUUGUUAAGAGAUUGACUAUACUUGUGUUGAUUAAGAGGUAUGAUGAUGGAAAUAGAGGACUAAACUUUUAACAAGCCCGAAAAGGCUAGGGUCUACUCUUACUUGAUCUAGCUGUGGGAUUGCGUGAGAAAAAUUCCAGAUAUUUUGGGAGAUUAAUCAGAUUUAAAAGCAAGUCAAUGGCUUCACAAUUCGGUCCUCGAACAAAUUCCGCAAACUCAAUGGAUUCACAGGGUCAAAAUACAUCUUUGCAGAGACUUCAUCACGUUGAGAAGAGAGUAGUUAGAGUUUUGGAGCUUGCUGGAGGUGUAAUGGAUGAGUUGUCGAACCCUACUGGUCCUAGAGUAGAGGUUGUUAACAACCACUGUCGUGAGUUCAUGCAAUCGAUAAAGGACAUUCAAGUGACCCUGCGGGAAGAAAUCAAAAGUGCUUGCGAGUACCGUCCCUUCGAGAAAUGUGAUUACAGUUCGAGAAUAUCCAACGAGAUUUGCUGCAAGAAGCUGGAGUACGUAAUGAAGCAGUUGGACGACAUGAAGCAAAGUAUAGAACGAUAUGAUAGUUCAGUCUGACUUCAUUUAUGUAAAAACUAGAGAUAACAUGUGCCGUAACGGCACUCGCUGCAACAUUUAAUCCGUAGUUGGUGAAGCCUAAGGCAAUCAAAAUCACCCAUAACAUUAGUUGUAUCACACGGCUUGUGUGCUUUUUAAUCCGUUCUCUUUGAUUGAACAAAAAAUAAAUAAAUGUUAACCAAAAAGUGAAAAUGGGCAAUGUGAUAUUUAAUUAUUGAUGGUAAA